AUGCUCGGCCUGCUGCCUGUUGAACUCAUUCAAUUGGUGCUGGACAAGCUGGACGCCAACACGGACCUGAUGGCAUGCGCUCUAUCCUGCCAGGGGCUGCGGACACUCAGCCAGCAGAAGCUAUGGCAGCAGAUAAGUAUCAGGAGUGAAGUCGGGCUGCAUUCCCUUCUCGGUCUCCUGAAAGCCUCCCCGCACCUCGGUUCGUACAUACGGAGGCUUCGUAUAAGCACCGCCUGCCGCUGGUCGUCGAAGGAAGAGCACCAUAAAGACACGACGGACACGGUGCCUACGAUAGAUACCCUCGCCGGCUAUCUCGAGCGGAUCGAAGACCUCAGCCUGAUCGCCUACUCCUACCGCGAAGUAACGCUCCCAAAGCCGAUAUCGAGAGCAUGCUUCCAACACACCCGCAUCGUCGCCUUAGACGGCGUUUUCAAGACCGUUGACGACUUCCUCGCCGUCCUCGCCAGCUUCCCUCAUGCAUCCUUCCUGACGCUCUUCCGAGUACGCAUCACGAACUUCUUGUGGGAGAACAUGUUCAGGGUGGCCGCAAGCCCGUGGUUACCUCCUCUUUACCACCUGGACGUCACCGCGUCGACGAUCGUUCCUUGGACGCGGUUCCUGUAUCGUUGGCUCGCGGCUGAACAGGUCCUCCACCUACGACGCCUCCUCGUCCACCACACGUCGGAAGGCGAUUGGAAGUACCUCGGAGAGCUCAUCCAAAGACUUUCUGAGUUACAACACCUUUCGCUCGCCGCGCCCUUGAAUCCGACCCGCAGACCUUUGGUCGAGUUGAUCAGCCUUGACAAGUGCAUAUCCCUCGCGAGCCUUGAGCUGAAAAUAACGAUAGACUACCCCCAAGAUCCCCUCCUCGCCAACUGGCCGACCGACCUCCUCGCUACCGUCAACGCCCCCUCGCUCGUCCGCAUCGACCUCACGAUCCCUUACCAAGGCAAACUCAACUACUCGCAAGUCCUCUUGUGGAACGUCCUCGACGAGCUCCUCUCGGAUACCACGAGGUUCCCGUCCCUUAGAGACGUCGUCAUCGCCCCACAGACGGCCGUGGAGGCGGACGAGCACCCGGACAUCGUCGAAGCUCAGCCCGCCUUGCUUCCGCGCACCUUCGAGAAGGGCUUGCUGCGUACCCUUCCCGACAACAGCAUGUACAAUGUCAUGUUCUAG